GGAGAAGGGAAGGGAAAAGGAGGAAGAGAUGUGGCCACCGGCAGAGGGCGUGUUUGGCGCAAGCUCUCCUCGAGUAUCUGAGGUGGUCAUCUGGCUGUGCUAUCUUCUGUUUCUGCUGCCGGUGCUGUAUCUCAUCUACACCAUUCUCUUUCUGCAUCCGUCGAGCCGCCGGAAAUGGAAGAAGGUGGGCGAGCUGCUGUCGCACCCCGACGAGACGACGGCCCUGCUGCGGUACUUCAUCCGCAAGAAGCGGCAGCUGCCUACCAACCUGACCGAGGAGGAGCAGUACUGCUUCUUCAUGCUCACCAGAGUCAGCCGCAGCUUCGCCUCCGUCAUCAUCGAACUGCAUGACGAACUCAGAACCGCGGUAAGUGCCAUACAUGGCGGAAGCUAUAACAGCAGAUGCGGUGAGGACAGACAUGCGUGUGUCCGUGUGUGGUGUCAGAUAUGCGUAUUCUACCUGACCCUGAGAGCACUCGACUCCAUUGGUAAGGCGCGAGAGAGUCAGAUCAGAUCAGAUCUGCAGCCAGCCGUGGCUCUAUUCUAUCUACCUGUUUGCAUUGCACUGGAUGGGUGGAUAUCAUAUGUGUGUGCUUGUGUUUGUGUUAGAGGACGACAUGACGAUAGACCUGGAGGUCAAGCUGGCUGAGCUGCGGCAGUUCUCUCAGAACAUCCAGAUCAGGGGAUGGAACAGCAGAAAAGGAUGUAAGCAAAGCAAGCUGACAAACCAUGACGCCACGCCCAUCCAUUCACACACUCGCCUGGCCUGCCUCUCGUGUCUGUUCGUCCGGUCCGCGGCAGACGGUGCGGCGAAUGUCUAUGAGCAGGAGCUCCUCGAGAAUUUUGAUCGCGUCAUCGCUGUCUACUACAGACUCAGCCCGCAGUAAGCCAGCACGCACAAGACAGCAUCAGAGUGCACAGGCGAGACGGACCGACGCCGACCGCUGGACGAGUAUGUGUCGUGUAGGUAUCAGAGUGUGAUAAAGGAGAUCGCUACCCAGAUGGCGGAGGGCAUGGCGAUAUACCAGACCAAGGAGGUGGCCACCCUCAAGGACUACGACAGCUACUGCUACUACGUCGCGGGGCUCGUGGGCGUCGGGCUCACACGGUAGGUGUGCACACCAGCGCCCAGUCAGUCCAUAUAUCGCAUCACGACAGACAUCUCAGUCGGCAAGUGGCUGUGGUUGUGUGGUUGUGUGUUGGUGUCUGUCGGCAUCACAUCAGGUUGUUUUACCACUCUGCUCUGAUGGGUGACAGCAUGUCCAACAUCGACGACCUGGCCAUCUCCAUGGGCCUCUUCCUGCAGAAGACCAACAUCAUCAGGGAGUAAGCCACACAGACAACACAACCAGGGACGAUGCAUGAAUGAACGAACAGAUCGGCUCACGAAUGAAUGCGUGUGUAUGUGUGUGUGCAGUUACUUGGAGGACACAGUGCAGCAGCCGCCUCGUUGCUUCUACCCCAAGGAGGUGUGGAGCAAGUACGUCAAGCACCUCGGCGACCUGCAAUACCCACAAUACCACAACGAGGUCCGUCACGCACUUCCAAUCGGUGGCUGGCGACGGCUCGAUGUAUUGAUUGUCUGUCCAUUCAGGCGUUGAGUUGUUUGAAUGACAUGGUGACGGACGCCCUCCGGCACGUACCAGACUGCCUACAGUAAGCCACACACGCACACACAGACGCUCGAGUACCUACGGUCGAUUGCUGCGGUGUGCAGGUACAUGUCGUUGGUUGACGAGGAGAGCUGCUUUCGGUUCUGUGCGAUACCCCAAGUCAUGGCCGUCGCAACACUAGAGAGGUGGGUAUCUGAAACGACUAGCCACACUACACUCACUGGCCGGCUGGCACCUUGGUGUUGCACAUCACAUAGGUGUUACAACAACCACGAUGUGUUCACGGGCGUCGUCAAAAUCCGCAAAGGGGAAGCCGCCAAGGUGACUGCACUGCACGGCCCCACAUGAUAGCGUGUCAAUGGCCUGUCUCUCUCUUAUGCUAUGCGUCCAUCAGCUGAUCCUUCAGUCGUGCAGUUUUGAGAGCGUGGUGCGGAUCUUCGAGGAGUACCUGCACACCAUCGCCUCCAAAAUACCAAAGAAGGCACACAGCGGAAACCAGUAAGACCAAUCACACUUGACACACACACCCCUGCCAGCAUUGCAUUCACGACAUGCCUGCCUGUCUGUUUGCCUGUCUGUGUGACUGUGUUGUAGGACGCGAGGGCGUGUUGCCGACGCGCUGCAGUCUGUGCGGCUAUGGAAGAAGCAAAUCAACACGCGCAGGAUGCAGCAGGGAGCCAAGAAGGGCGACUGACUGAAUGCUGGACGGUCAGCUGCCCCUCCAUGCUUCGCCGCGGGGGAGACAGUUUUGGAGAGGGCUGUGGAUGGAUGAGGUGCGUUUGGUGGGCUGGUUCUCUGUCUCUCUCUCUCUGUCUGUCCGACUGUACGCCUGUCUGUCUGUCUGUCUGUCUGAGUACCCGGCUAGCUGCUUUGCCAUUUGCUGUUUUGUGUUUUGCCGGUUGGUUGUUUCUUUUGCCUGGGGGGGUGGUCGGGUCGGCUUAGUUGAUGGCUGGUGGGCUGGCUGUUUGCGGGUGCGUGUACAUACAUACCGGUGAGAGGCGUCGAGAUUGACAGUUUUUCCGACGCGAGACGCUGCUGCUCACGUGGUGACUCGACUGCUAUCUUACGUACGUACGUCUGUAAUUGUGUCUGCAUGGCUUCGUCACUCACUCUCUCAUUCGCCACCUAGGUAUGUAGCUCAGUUUUGUAUCCCUCGCUCCCCCUCUCUGCCUCGCUUGACUGACUGACUGACUGACUAAGCUGCCAGGACACGGCACAGACACAGGCAUAUGAUGUACAUGCCCGCCUCCCCCCCACUCACCCGGCAGGCCAUCUGCGUCCAUUAUUCGUGUGAGCCGUAUGCGUCAGUGAGAGAGCGCUUCCUUCCUUCGGUCAUCCCAUCCAUCCCAUUGGUAGCUAGGUUCUCGUGCUGUUCGGCCGGCAGACGCAGGUGUGUCAGCGUACAAGAGAAGAGAGAGGGCCGUUUUGUAAGCUACCCUACCCUGACCCCUGACGUGUCGUGUCUUGAAUUCGUGCGUAUAUGAGAGUGUGGGGUGGACGGGCGUGAUGAUUCUUUCAUUUCGUUUGGCUCGUGUCUGCAACCUACCUGUUGAGUUGAGCGAGCGACAAUGCAAUGGACAAUGAGCGCCGACGGCCAGGCCCCAAAUGGCGGCCUUUUGGUCCGCGUGAUAGCUACAUCUCUUGGUUUGUUUUUUGCCCUUUGUUCGUUCGUUUCCUGAAUGACUGACUGACGGGCACAGACUGCCGUCAGGUGAGUGAAUGACCCAUGGCAUGGAUGGGACUCUGUAUGUUCUGUGCUGCCAUCCUGUGUGCUGUGAUGCGAUUUUUUCGCCCACUUUGCUUUCUUGAUGAGUGCACACAAUGGAUGGGAGAGGAAGGAAGAGAGAUGGUGGAAGCGGCAGGGCAGGCCUCUGUGAUCGAGGGGAAGAGUAUAAGAGAGAAGAAAGAAAGAUGGAGAGAGACAGCGGCUGGUCAGCUGCGGCGAGUGAGGCAUGCAUGGCAUGGAUGGAUGGCCCUGCCUGCCUGCCUGGUUUAGAUGCACGUAUGUGUGUAUGCAUGUGAGGAUGGAUGUACGUGUGUCGUUGCUUGAGCUUUCGUACCGCAUUUGUAUUGUGUCCUUCCUUCCUUCCUUCCUUCCUUCCCCUUAAUCACUUGCCUUGCUCACUCUCUUGCCCCUCCCUCCCUCGCUGACUAUCUUGUCUCACUGACUGAGGUGUCUAUCAGUCAGUCAGUCCCACCCUCUAUCUAUAUUUAUGUGAGUGCAUGGUAUGCAUGGUGCCUGAAUGCGUGUUCGUGGGUGGCAUCUAGUGAGUGUCGUGCCUGGGUGCAUGGCACGGCACGGCAUGGCAUGGAAUUGGGGCGAUCUUUGUCAGUCAAUGUACAUAACCCAUCUGUCUGUCUGGCUGGCUGAAUGUGCUGCCUGCGCUGUGAGACCUGACCCCAAUUCCUGACUUCUCACUCACUGGCUCGCUCGGUUGCUGCAUGUGUGUCUGUGAGUGUGUGCCGUGCCGUGUCACUUUCUCAUGUUUGUGGUGCAGGUCAGCGCCCCCCCUUGUGCGCGACGCUGGUACUCACUCCACUUCCUCUUUCCAUGGCGGACUCGAUUUGACUAUUUCCAUCUAUCCAGAAUCCAACCACUAGUACUAGACACGUGUCCGUCCGUCCACAUGAACCAUCCCC